AUGCAUCUCACCCACUUGAAUCUCUCCCACAAUUCACUUCAUGGUUCACUUGAAAAUAAACACUUCUUGUCCUUGAAUCGUCUUCAGGUUCUUGAUUUGAGCUAUAACCUUCUUUUUGGAGAACUGCCUUUGUCUCUAACAUUCGACAACAUCCGAACACUCGAUUUGUCAAGCAAUCGCUUCCAUGGUCCAAUUCCAUCUUCGUUCUUCAUGCAUGCUUGGAAUUUGACAAGUUUCAACAUCAGCAACAAUUCCUUCUCCAGUGGCAACAUUUACCGCGGUUUUGGGAGGUGUUUCGAGCUGCAAAUUUUUCGUGCUGGUCAUAAUAAUCUCUCAGGGCUACUUCCAGAAGAUAUCUAUAAUGCUAUCAAACUCGAAGAAGUUUCAGUACCUCAGAAUUCACUAUAUGGAGGCAUUAGUGAUAAAAUUGUCAACCUCACCAACCUCGCAAUCCUUGACCUCUCCUUCAAUCAACUAAGUGCAGUGCUCCCUCUCCGUUUGGGGAAGCUAUCCAGGUUAAAAAUUGUAAAGCUCGAUUUCAAUGACCUACAAGGUCCGUUGCCCCAAUCUUUGAUGAAUUGCACCAGCCUUGCAGAACUACAUUUGGGACGAAAUAACUUGGAAGGAGACAUUACCAAGCUUAAUUUCUCCAAACUUGUUCAACUUACUAAACUUGACCUGUAUAGGAACAAAUUCACUGGUAAGUUGCCAACAAGCCUUUACUCAUGUAGAUCCCUGAAGGCAAUUCGAUUAAGUUCGAACAAUCUAGAAGGGCAAGUACAAUCUGAUAUUCUUUCGUUGAACUCUCUGUCCUUCCUCUCUCUCAGUUACAACCAAUUGGAAAAUGUCACAGGAGCAAUGAAGAUAUUGAUGCAUUGCAAAAGUCUUCGAGCAUUAAUCCUUUCGGACUCCUUUAACGGUGAAGGAAUGCCAUCUGACAAUGAUAUGGUUGGUUUUGAUGGAUUCCGAAAUCUACGACUUUUGAGCUUGGCGUAUUGUGAUCUCACUGGUCAAAUACCCGUAUGGUUAGCAAAGCUAAAAAGCCUAGAGAUCUUGGCUCUGGGAGGCAACAAAAUCACAGGGACAAUUCCUAGCUGGUUGGGGACUGAUCUACCAAGACUUUUUCAUAUAGGCUUGUCAAUGAACCUUAUUUCAGGUGAAUUUCCGAAAGAACUUUGUAAAGUACCGGCUAUGGUGCAUGAACCUGUUGCAGCUCAAGCAGACCAUUAUGAUCUCGAAUUUCCUCUUUACACGGUGAUGAAUCCCAAUGGCUUUCGCCGUAGAUGGUCUUGCAGAUCGUCUAACUUUCCUCCAUUCCUAGAUCUUUCUUUCAACAACAUUACCGGUAAUAUACCUACUGAGAUCGGCCAACUGCAGGUUCUCCAAGGGUUAUAUCUAAACGACAACAACUUCUCAGGCAUCAUUCCAGAACAAAUAUCUAACCUUAAGAAUUUAGAGGGUUUGGAUCUCUCCAAGAAUCGCUUGUCCGGAAAAAUCCCAUCAUCUCUGGUGAGCCUUAAUUUCUUGAAAAAUUUUGAUGUCUCUUACAAUAAUCUCGAAGGACCAAUCCCAACAAGCACUCAGUUCCAAAGCUUUGAAGCUUCUGCAUUUGAGGGGAAUCCAAAACUUUGUGGUGCUCCGUUUCUGAACAAGUGUCGCAUUGAUGUGCAUGAUAAGAACAAACGAGAUGAUGAUGAGGACUGA